AUGCCUCUCCCUAAAUCAUUCUUCGCCGGCGUAUUGGCUUAUCUCGCGUCGAUUGCGCUUUCUUCACCUACGCCUCAAUCCCCUGACCUGAGUGCUUUCCAACCAGGAGACAUCAUCAGACGCGAUGUGGCUGUGGUUGGUGGCGGCUCCUCAGGCACCUACUCAGCUAUCAGCCUGGUCGACAAAGGCAGGUCGGUCAUUGUCAUUGAGAAGCAAGGCAGGCUAGGCGGCCACACUGCUACAUAUGUUGAUCCUGCUACCGGCACGACUACUGAGGUGGGAGUCCAGAUUUAUCACAAUUACACCAUUGUCAAGGACUAUUUUGCGCGAUUCGAUAUCCCGAUUAUUAACUCACCCGGAUUCUAUCCAUCCGGGAACAACUUUGACUACCGCACUGGGGAAAGGGUUACUCUGACUCCUCCCUCAGCAAGUGAAGUCUCCUUGGCCUUUGCAGCCUACUCAGAACAGCUUGCCAAAUAUCCUGGACUGAACAAUGGCAUAUACCUGCCAGACCCCGUCCCCGAGGACUUGUAUUUACCCUUUGGCGAAUUCGUGGAAAAAUACGGACUCCAAGCAGCAGUCCCCAGCAUGUACCAUUACAACCCUGGCGUCGGAAACAUGUUGGACAACCCUACCCUCGAGGCAUUCCGAUACUGGUCGCUACACGGCAUGGUUCAGUCCAUAGCAACCGGCUUCCUGAUCACUGAGCGACGCAACAGCAGUGAAUUAUACGCUAAAGCGGUAGAAGAGCUCUCCGAGACUGGAAGCGUCCUCCUCAAUUCUCAAGUCGUUACCGCAGUCCGAAAAGAAGGCACGGCUGGAGUAACCCUCAUUGUCGAUACCCCGACGGGCAAAAAACUCAUCCUCGCAAAGAAACUCCUCGUCGCAGUCCCUCCUAAGCUCGACAUUGUCAGACCACUCGACCUCAGUGACGACGAAUCAACCCUGUUCUCCAAGUUCAUCAGUGCAGGUUACUACGCUGGUGCCUUGGUCGACACUUCCUUUUCCGAGGAAACCAGCCACUCAAAUGCCAUCCAAGACGCCCCAUACAACCUCCCCGCCCUCCCAGCCGCCUAUAACUUCUCCCCAUCACGCGUUCGAGGAGUUCAAAUAUUUCAUUAUGGCACUCCACAAAGCGAGGAAACCUUCCCACUUACUGACGACGAGGUUGAAAGUCACGUCAUCGACACGGUCCGCAGGAUUCAAGAGCAAAAUCCGAACCUAUAUAACAUCACUGACCCGAAAGUUGUUGCCUUCUACCCGCAUGCACCCUAUUCUCUUCAAGUGAGCGGGGAGGAUAUUAGAGACGGGUUCUACGAGCAGUUGUAUGCGCUACAGGGGCAGCGCAACACUUAUUGGACCGGGGCUGCGUGGAGAGCGGAGGAUAGUAGCUUGCUUUGGAGGUUUUCGGAAGAGGUGGUGCUACCGGCGCUUGUUGAGGGCCUAUGAAAUCUUUUGUGGUUUCUUUUGGCUCUCUGUAUACCAGACAUGGAUGGAGAUAUGGUAGAUGGCCAGCGGCAAGAGCUUGAAGAGAUUCCUCAGGAAUACUCGAUGAGAUUAUAUAUUUAGUCUACAGGCCCUAACAGCGGAACUCUCACACAAGUUAUGAG